CCCGCGCCCCGCCCGUUACGCCCCGCGCUCCUCUCGCCGCCGCCGGGACGCGCUUUCUGCGCUGAGAUUACCGCUUCGCUGCACUGGCCCCGGCCAUGGCCUUAUCGGACGAGGUGGGGCCCCCGCAAAGAGAAAAUACCCGUUCCUUGACUAUGUGUGGCCAUGUUGGUUUUGAGAGUUUACCAGAUCAGCUGGUUGAUAGAUCCAUUCAGCAAGGCUUCUGCUUUAAUAUUCUGUGUGUGGGGGAGACUGGAAUUGGAAAAUCAACACUGAUUAACACAUUGUUUAACACUAAUUUUGAAGAGCAUGAAUCCUCACAUUUCUGUCCAAAUGUUAGACUUAGAGCACAAACUUAUGAACUUCAGGAAAGCAAUGUUCGGUUGAAACUGACCAUUGUGAAUACAGUGGGAUUUGGUGAUCAAAUAAACAAAGAAGAGAGCUACCAGCCAAUCGUUGACUACAUAGACGCUCAGUUUGAAGCCUAUCUCCAAGAAGAACUGAAGAUCAAGCGCUCUCUCUUCAACUACCAUGAUUCUCGUGUCCAUGUAUGCCUCUACUUCAUCGCCCCAACAGGCCACUCUCUAAGGACACUUGACCUCUUAACCAUGAAGAGCCUGGACAGCAAGGUGAACAUUAUACCAUUGAUUGCCAAGGCAGAUACAAUUUCUAAGAGUGAAUUGCAGAAGUUUAAGAUGAAGCUUAUGAGUGAAUUGGUCAGCAAUGGUGUUCAUAUAUACCAGUUCCCAACAGAUGAUGACUCUACUGCCAAGAUUAAUACUGCAAUGAAUGGACAUUUGCCAUUUGCUGUUGUAGGAAGUAUGGAUGAGGUAAAAGUCGGAAAUAAGAUGGUCAAAGCUCGCCAGUACCCUUGGGGUAUUGUAGAAGUGGAAAAUGAAAAUCACUGUGACUUUGUAAAGCUGCGGGAAAUGCUCAUUUGUACAAACAUGGAGGAUCUGCGGGAGCAGACCCAUAUUAGGCACUAUGAGCUUUACAGGCGUUGUAAACUGGAGGAAAUGGGCUUUACUGAUAUGGGCCCAGAGAACAAGCCCCUCAGUCUUCAAGAGACAUAUGAAGCCAAGAGACAAGAAUUCUAUGGUGAGCGUCAGAGGAAGGAGGAAGAAAUGAAACAGAUGUUUGUGCAGCGAGUAAAGGAGAAAGAAGCUAUAUUGAAAGAAGCUGAAAGAGAGCUACAGGCCAAAUUUGAGCACCUUAAAAGAGUUCACCAGGAAGAAAGAAUGAAACUUGAAGAGAAGAGAAGAGUUUUGGAAGAAGAAACAAUUGCUUUCUCUAAAAAGAAAGCUUCCUAUGAUCUAUUCCAGAACCAGUCAUUUUUGGCAUCAGGUAGCAGCAUUAAGAAGGACAAGGACCGGAAGAACUCCAAUUUCAUGUAACAAGAGUUCCAGAGCACAGAUGGCUAUCACAAGCAAGUUAUUAAAAACUUAUCAUUAUGCUUUGA